AUGACUGGCCUUGACGACGAGGAGUAUGCGCAGAAAGGCCUUGUUGAGCCUCGUUAUAUGGGCACGCUGGCAGAUCGGCGUGAUAUGAAUGCUCUUGGUCGAGUACAGGUUUUACGAAGAAACUUCCGGUUUAUCUCUAUUGUUGGAUUUGGAUGCACUUUGAUCUGCACAUGGGAGGUUAUUUUGACAUUGCUGGCGGCUGGCUUGACCGACGGUGGCACAGCGGGCUUGAUAUGGGGGUUCAUCGGUGUCUCGAUCGGGUUUACCCUUGUCUAUGCCAGCAUUGCUGAGAUGGCCUCGAUGUAUGUGACUGACAGUUUGCUGCUCCCGAUCAGAGCACCGCUAAUCAAUCGGCAAAUAGGGCCCCCCACUGCCGGUGGGCAGUAUCAUUGGGUGUCGGAGUUCGCACCAAAGAGAGGACAGAAGUAUCUCAGCUAUAUCACAGGAUGGCUUUCUGCAAUGGGGUGGCAAUGCGCCAUUGUAUCUAUCGCCUACCUCGCCGGCACAAUCAUUCAAGGCCUGAUCGUCUUGAACCAGCCAGACUAUAACUUCCAACGAUGGCAUGGAACCAUGCUAGUAAUUGCCAUCUCGACAUUCUCAAUCUUGUUCAACACCUUCCUAGCCAAGAAUCUUCCCUUUGUGGAAGGGCUGAUCUUGAUCAUUCAUAUUGUUGGCGUGUUCGCCAUCAUUAUCCCGUUGUGGGUACUUGCACCACGCAACAAUGCCCACGCAGUCUUCACCACGUUCAAUAAUGGGGGCGGCUGGGAUAAUCCUGGGACAGCCACAUUGGUCGGCUUAUCUACUACUAUAACAUCCAUGCUUGGCUAUGAUUGCUCGGUUCAUAUGUCUGAGGAAAUCAAAGACGCAUCAGAGACACUCCCAAAGGCAAUGAUGACCUCUGUCGCCGUCAAUGGGGUGUUGGGAUUCACCAUGCUGGUCACACUGUGCUUCACACUGGGCGAGGUCGACGCAAUCCUAGAUACCCCGACAAGGUUCCCGUUUAUCCAGAUCUUCUACAAUACCACGGGCAGCCUCGCCGCGACAAACGCCAUGACAGCCGUGCUAGUGGUGACGCUGACUGCCAGCACAAUUACCGAAGUCGCGACGGCAUCGCGUCAGCUCUGGUCGUUUGCCCGGGACGAGGGGCUACCCUUUUCGUCCUUUUUCGCAUAUGUCACACCAGGCUGGAACAUCCCCCUGAACUCCGUAAUGGUGUCUCUAGUCGUUACAAUCCUACUAUCAAUGAUCAACAUCGGGUCGGAGGUCGCUCUGAACGCUGUCAUUUCACUCACCAUCACAUCCCUGUUGUCUGCGUAUAUCAUCUCAAUCGGAUGCGUAUUCCUAAAACGGGUUCGGGGCGAGCCGCUCCCACACCAUCGGUGGUCACUCGGGAAAUUUGGCAUGGCGGUGAAUUUUGGGGCGUUGGCGUUCCUCUGUCCACUUUAUAUUUUUGCAUUCUUUCCCCUAACGACGGAAGUUACGGUUGAGACGAUGAACUGGAGCGUGGCGAUGUAUGUUGGCAUCGUUGGAUCUGCGACGAUUUAUUAUUUGGUUCGGGGGAGACAUCACUUUAUUCCGCCUGUGACUUUGGUUCAUCGGGAUGAAAAUAGUUAA